CCCGCCGGCGCCCGCGGGUCCGCUCGCCUUCAAGGCCGGUGACUCCAGCCGGGCGGACGGGGACGGCUGGGAGAGAGCACCUGAGGAUACAGAGCUGGCCCUGGACUGCCUUUUCACCCCCAGGUGAUGAGUGAGGUGGGGAGAACGGAAGAUUUCAAAAGCCACCGGGGCCUCCGUAUUGAAUGAAAGACCCAGUGCAAAGGCUUCACCAUGAACACGAGCAUUCCUUAUCAGCAGAAUCCCUACAGUCCCCGGGGCAGCUCCAGCGUCAUCCAGUGCUUCCGAUGCGGAGACACCUGCAAAGGGGAAGUGGUCCGUGUGCACAACAACCACUUCCACAUCAGAUGCUUCACCUGUCAAGUGUGUGGCUGUGGUCUGGCCCAGUCAGGCUUCUUCUUCAAGAACCAGGAGUACAUCUGCACGCAGGACUACCAGCAGCUCUACGGAACCCGCUGUGACAGUUGCCGGGACUUCAUCACAGGCGAGGUCAUCUCUGCCCUGGGCCGCACCUACCACCCCAAGUGCUUUGUGUGCAGCCUGUGCAGGAAGCCUUUCCCCAUCGGAGACAAGGUGACCUUCAGCGGUAAAGAAUGUGUGUGCCAGACCUGCUCUCAGUCCAUGACCAGCAGCAAGCCCAUCAAGAUCCGUGGACCGAGCCACUGUGCUGGAUGCAAGGAAGAGAUCAAGCACGGCCAGUCACUCCUGGCACUGGACAAGCAGUGGCAUGUCAGCUGUUUCAAAUGCCAGACCUGCAGUGUCAUCCUCACCGGGGAGUACAUCAGCAAGGAUGGCGUCCCAUACUGCGAGUCUGACUACCAUUCCCAGUUCGGCAUUAAAUGCGAGACUUGUGACAGAUACAUCAGCGGCAGGGUCUUGGAGGCAGGAGGGAAGCACUACCACCCCACCUGUGCCAGAUGUGUACGCUGCCACCAGAUGUUCACCGAAGGGGAGGAGAUGUACCUCACAGGUUCUGAGGUUUGGCACCCCAUCUGCAAACAGGCAGCCCGAGCAGAAAAGAAAUUAAAGCACAGACGGACUUCUGAAACUUCCAUCUCACCCCCUGGGUCCAGCAUCGGGUCACCCAACCGAGUCAUCUGUGCUAAAGUGGAUAAUGAGAUCCUUAAUUACAAAGACCUGGCAGCUCUUCCCAAGGUUAAAUCCAUCUACGAGGUGCAACGUCCUGACCUCAUUUCCUACGAGCCUCACUCCAGAUACACAUCCGACGAGAUGCUGGAGAGAUGUGGCUAUGGAGAGUCGCUGGGAACAUUAUCUCCCUACUCACAGGACAUCUAUGAGAACCUGGACCUCCGGCAGAGAAGGGCUUCCAGCCCGGGAUACAUCGACUCUCCCACCUACAGCCGGCAGGGCAUGUCUCCCACCUUCUCCCGCUCACCUCACCACUACUACCGCUCAGGGCCCGAGAGUGGCCGGAGCUCUCCAUACCAUAGCCAGUUAGAUGUGAGGUCCUCCACUCCGACCUCUUACCAGGCUCCCAAGCACUUUCACAUCCCAGCUGGAGAAAGUAACAUCUACCGGAAACCCCCGAUCUACAAGCGGCAUGGUGAUCUGUCUACAGCAACUAAGAGCAAAACAAGUGAAGACAUCAGCCAGGCCUCCAAGUACAGUCCAGCCUACUCGCCAGACCCCUACUAUGCUGCUGAGUCUGAGUAUUGGACCUACCAUGGGUCCCCCAAAGUGCCCCGAGCCAGAAGGUUCUCAUCUGGAGGAGAGGAGGAUGACUUUGACCGCAGUAUGCACAAGCUCCAGAGUGGAAUUGGCCGGUUGAUUCUGAAGGAGGAGAUGAAAGCCCGGUCCAGCUCCUAUGCGGAUCCCUGGACCCCUCCGCGGAGCUCCACCAGUAGCCGGGAGGCCUUGCACACAGCUGGCUAUGAUAUGUCCCUCAAUGGCUCCCCUCGUUCGCACUACCUGGCUGACAGCGAUCCCCUCAUCUCCAAAUCUGCCUCCCUGCCUGCAUACAGGAGAAACGGGCUGCACAGGACACCCAGUGCAGACCUCUUCCACUACGACAGCAUGAACGCAGUCAACUGGGGCAUGCGAGAGUACAAGAUCUACCCUUAUGAACUGCUGCUGGUGACCACAAGAGGAAGAAACCGACUACCCAAGGAUGUGGAUCGGACACGCUUAGAACGCCACCUGUCCCAGGAAGAGUUCUACCAAGUCUUUGGCAUGACUAUCUCGGAGUUUGAGCGGCUGGCCCUCUGGAAGAGGAAUGAACUGAAGAAGCAAGCCCGGCUGUUCUAGGCAGAGGCUCUAUACAUAUAGAUGCAUUUGUAUAAAGAUGUAUGUAAAAGCUCUAUCCUGAAGCACGGUAUGAUCCUCUUGUGUAACAGGAUACACUGCCUGCCAUGAGACUUGCUUUUCUGUACUAUCAGGCACACCCAUAUCAUCAAAGUAUUUUUUAUGCUCCUUCUCUUUUCUAAGUGCUGUAGGAUCUGGGAAGGGAUUUGAGGGGACUCUGUCCUUUUACUGGGGAUCUUUUUUAUACUGAAACAUCUGUCCUAACUUGAGUCCCCCAAGAUCCAACUCUCUUUCCUUAAAAGGAGCCUGGGGAAGUCUCUCUACUCUCUGCUUCCUGGCCCUUUUUCAAGUCUCCAGGGCUGAUGCUGACCAUGCAGCUUCUGCACACUAUUGGGCCCCAGAGGGGCCCUCCCGUGGGCAGAUCCACAGCAAUCUCCCCAAAUCACUGAGCUCAUGAACAAUUUUCUCUGCACCCCCAGUUGGGAGCUCAGGGCUCUCUGGGGGUAGGAGUAUGAGCUUCAAAUCCAUUUAUCACACCAGUAGCUGGAAGUGGAUAGGGCCGUGGCCUCUCCUUAGCUCAUCAACUGUCCCCCUCUAUCCUCAGUCCUGACCUCUCCCUUAUCCAGAUCUAGGAUUCAUGGUAGGAAAAAGGAAAAAGGCACUUCCCUUCCCUCCACUGCCUGUAGCUGGCCCCUCUGCCUGGCCUGGACUUGGAGAAGUAGAGGAAGAAAGGAGCUGGAGGGGAGGGAGAGCCCAGCCCCCAGAAGAGGCGAGUCCGUGGACCUACCGGCCCUCCUCUUGCCCUCACUGCUCGCAGCACCUUCUCACCUCCCCGCUUUCUUGGAGAGGCCCAUAACUGCAGCCUGCAAUCUUCAGCCUUAUUACAAUCUCUGUGCCUGAUGAUCUACACACCACAGGGCUAAUGUCCCCACCACAGCACCAACAAAA